AUGGCAAGCACACGCCUGUAUAAAAAUAAUACGGAAAGCAACGCCAGACUCCCGACUAUGUCAACUUCGAAAAGAUCUGCAAGUUGUUCUCCUGCUUGGAGGUCACAAUGUAGUAGGUCGAAAGGGAAGUCUGUAAAAUACUUGAGAGAUACUGGUGGAACGACACCGUACUCGGGGAGUCGCUCUGAAAACGAUAAACCACAAGGGGAAUCUUACGAAAAAGUUAUGGGACGUAUAACUGACCUUCCGUUCAUGGUCAAUUUGAAAAGAUCGGGCGGUUCUGUUCCCGCUAAAGGGUUACCUAAUACAAAAUCAGAAAGCGGAGCCAUGGCAACUCCAAAAAGUGGUUAUCGAAGAGAGAUAACACGAUCAACUAGCUUCUCUUCCAUGCAUAAAUUACAGCAUGUCGAUUCCAAAUCGGCAAGUCCAAAACCUACGCCACAUAUUGGUCACAAGGAUCGAAUGGGGAAGGAUAAAAAAUCGAAGAAUGAUUUGUCACGUACCAGCCAAGCUAUAAAACUUCCCGGAUAUGGUGAGAAUGAUCUGAGCAUACACAGAUCAGAAAGAGUACCUCCUGGUUGUGUACUUCUUGACUUGAAAUCGGAACAAGAAUCACUGACGACUUCCAGAUUUGAUAGUGACAGAUAUAUACAAGGGCAGGAAGUACUCAAGAAGAUGAACUCCUCGCCUGUUGAGCCUGGCGGUGUGGAUACAAACAACCAGAUUAGUGAAGACAGUACGACUCUGUCGGUUAUAUCCAGCUCGGAAAUGUGCUUUCCUGAGUGUACACCACCAGAAAAGAAACUGGAUUGGGAAAUUGGAGUCCCUUUAUUAGGAAUCGGAUGUGAACAAGUAUAUCGCAACGGUCUAAAUGAAGAGAUAAUCAUACCGAUGUCCGAUGCUCCUAUCCCCAGGUUGUCAACUGGUGAGCCUAGGAUGAGCAGUAAUCAGAAGGGCACAACACAGACGGAUGGAAAGUUGGGGAACGAUUUAUCACAUACCAGUCAAGUUGUACAAGGUCCCGGACACAGCAAGAAUGACCUGACCAUGUACAGAUCAGAAAGGGUACCAAGUUCAUCUUCCGGCUAUGUACUCCUUGACCUGAAUUCAGGACGCGAAAUGCUGGUGACUCCCAUAUGUGACCACGACGGGAACGCAAAACGACAGGGCUCGUCCGAAAAGAAUAACUCCCCUCCUGUUGAUCCUGGAUCCGCUUAUCCAUGCAAACACGAUAAGCCGAAGAAUGAGGUCACGACGGGUUCAAGGAGAACGAACGAAAUGAACAAUAAACCAGUGAGCAAGAAGACAACUCCAAUGCCAUUGGAUGCUGCAGAAAGCAAAAAACUUCAAUCCACAAGUCUCCCAAGGACGUUCGAUGCGACUGGAAAAUCGGGAUGCUACCUUCCGGGAGGUUUGAAGUUUGUUGAUGAGAUAAAGCGGAAUCCUGAGGCAAGGGAUGAAAAAGCUGACCAAGCAAACGCCGAAACGCACCCAUCCGAUCACAACACUGAGGAAAGCACAAGUACCUCAACGUUACCUACCUCGGAGAGAUCAACGGGUGAUCCGGUUUUUUACGUGCUGUCGGACAACACGUUUGAUGAAAGUCCACAUAUAACCAGCAAGAUAAAAGUGCAGCUGGAGGAUACCAGUAAAACGAAUAUGGAAACUACCGAGCAAACUUCACAAGUGCCCAGGAUAUUGUACUCAGAAACCGUGUCAGAUUCACCAGUUUGUUACUGUUUGUUGGCGGACAACUCGAUGGGUAACCUCCGGAAAGUUUUGUUGAGUGAACUGGCGGCGACUCUGAUUCAGUCAAAAGAAGACAAUGCAUGGAAGAUUGAGCAGGGCAUCGAGAGCGAACAGAGCCCUACUUCAUGGUAUGAUUGGGGGGAUUUGAGUCCAUUGAUUACUCCAACAUCGAUCCGCUUGGAACCGACACCGCACUUGGGAGAUGACACCACCAGAUUGAGUUGUACGUCAGAUGUUGAAACUCUAUCCCCCCAAGUGAUGGCAACGGGUCCUCUGCAAGUGAAAAAGAAGAAUUCCUGUGAAAGGGAGGAUAGAGGCGAUCAAGAUGAGAGAAAGUCAUUCCAUGAUCGCUCUUCAAAGCAGCUUCUUAGAGCGAUUGAGAAAUCCCCAAUUCCUAUUGCUCUUUCCUCCAUCGAGGGUCCAUCAGACACUGAGUUAAAACUGCCGAGUUUUGAGACAAAAGAGGAGACGAAUACUGAGGUUCUCAAGACAGUUAAUCUCCAGAGUAGCUCACCUGUCCGCUAUAUUUGUAGUAAUACCAAGACUAUGGAGGCCGCGCAGCGAAUCCGGCCGGAAUCUGGUGGCACAGAAACUCCGAAAAUCAAUGUGGAAAAGGAGCGACGAAUAGAAGAAAAAGAGGAAUCAAAGAAACCGGCAAAUAUCGUUUAUUCAUCUGACCAAAACGAAACAUUUAGUCCGGAAGACGAAAAGGUACCCGAGAACGCACUGCGAAAACUGGAGGAUAGAGGCGAUCAAGAUGAGAGAAAGUCAUUCCAUGAUCGCUCUUCAAAGCAGCUUCUUAGAGCGAUUGAGAAAUCCCCAAUUCCUAUUGCUCUUUCCUCCAUCGAGGGUCCAUCAGACACUGAGUUAAAACUGCCGAGUUUUGAGACAAAAGAGGAGACGAAUACUGAGGUUCUCAAGACAGUUAAUCUCCAGAGUAGCUCACCUGUCCGCUAUAUUUGUAGUAAUACCAAGACUAUGGAGGCCGCGCAGCGAAUCCGGCCGGAAUCUGGUGGCACAGAAACUCCGAAAAUCAAUGUGGAAAAGGAGCGACGAAUAGAAGAAAAAGAGGAAUCAAAGAAACCGGCAAAUAUCGUUUAUUCAUCUGACCAAAACGAAACAUUUAGUCCGGAAGACGAAAAGGUACCCGAGAACGCACUGCGAAAACUGUCAAUAGGUGCACAAGAGAAGUUAUUAGAUCACAAUGAACCGAAGAGCGAUGCUGCACAGGGAACAGGACUGAAAGUGGAUGCAGAGACACAAACUCCUUGUCCAGAAAACAAUGCAACAAACUGCCUUGAGGGACACAUCAGAAUAAGGGCAAAAAUGCGUGUAAGAAAAAGAAACUGCAAUAGACAAAAAGGCGACGGAAGGCGAACGCACACGGAUUCGACCGAUGAUAGAGGAAAACAGGGAUUGCACAUAAAUUCAGCAACAACAAGAAUGAAGGAUACGAAGGGGGAUGAUCACCACCAAGAAGACAGACAAUCGAUAUUCGAAGAGGAACCUGAGCAGGAAAGUGUGACUUCAAACGUCAUACUAAAUCAAGCGCAAGAGGGACCGCUCAGACAGGAAGUUCAUGAAGUACUUUUUCAGAAAGCCUCGGCGACACUCUGGGGCGUGGAAAACGUGUCAAAGUAUGCUAGAAAGCCGAUUGAACGGACGGAUCCAGUGGUAGUCGCCUCACGGUCAGCACUGGAUGUGACGGAAGCCGAGCUCAUGGAUGACUUGGUAGGGCAGCUGCGCUGUUUGGAAAUGGUGUCGCCUAACGCACCCGAAUGGGAUCAGUCAGAUAUGCAAGCAGAGAGUUCAACUGCGGGUUCCAACGGGUGGGAAACGCCAGCGGACUUUCGCGAAGCAUUCAGUUCAGACAUAGAGCGAUGUCUGAUGGGCUGUAAACCCAUAGAUUCUCCAGCCAUUAGUGAGGUUCGUACAGAAGUCUCGACACAAACAUUACCUACUAUAGGUGCUCCAAUGAAUCAAUCGGAAUCGGAAGACAAUGAACCAGAAACGUCUUCAGAUUGCAAAUGGGACGAGGUUACCCAACCGAUAUCUAUGACUGGACGCGUAGGAUCAGUGAGCUCAUCGAUCGCCCUACUCAGAAUAUCAAGGAUUUCACAGUUUAAAAAGGAUUACAGAGAAACUAUGGGCUUCAGUGGUUGUCGCGAAGCCGUAAAAUUAAAGUCUAUUUCGGACUCGGAGCAGAAAGAAGCGAACGUUGAUCUGCCAAAAACGACGGAACUGUUUGCAACAGAAUUACUUCCUGCAGUAGAAUUGGGUCAGUCAGACACGCACACAAAGAGUUCUUCGGUGAACUUGAGUGGGCGGGGAACACCUCAGAAAAGUCUCCGCGUCUACAAUGAGCACCUGUCGGAUGCAUUCGCUACCAGUAAGGUUGAUGCAACAUCGUCGACGCGAAUAUUACCUUCUUUCAGCACACCGAUACUGAAUACCAAUACAGCUAUAUCUGAAACAGAAACAAAAAGACUGACUUCAUUUCUGGGUAUCGAAAGAAAGGACUUUACUCAACGGAUAUCCACAACAAGAGGUGAAAUAAUAUCAGCAACAUCAACCACUUCACCUGUGUCACAGUCUAAACGAAGUAAUGGAAAAAGUACUCGGGUCGUGGGCGCCCAUCUGGCAACCGAACUGAGGUGUGUGAUGGACUUAGAACAUGUCGAUUCAGGGAUUGACCUACCAGAAACGAUGGAAUUUCCAGAAACCGAAUUGUUUGCCGAACCAGAACCAGAUCACUCGGAAGUAUGUGCAGAAAAUUCCACUGCAGUCUCAAGCCAAUGGAGCCCACGAAUUGACUGUCACAAAAGAUUUGAUCUCUACGCGGAGUCUGUAGCUGUGAAAGAUAAACCAGUAGAUACCAUGACAACAUUGCGCAUGCCGCCUCCUAUUAGCAGUCCUUUGCUCAGGACCACCUCAAUUCCACUGGAACACGAUGCCAGUAAACCAGCCACAUCUGCAAUCAGAGACAGGAAGGAAGUUACUGAACAGAUGCUCAUAAACAGAGGCGAAAGUUCAAUGGAGCGAUCGGUUGUGCUACUCAACGCAUCACCCAUACUUUGGUCUACGCGAGGCAACAAAGAUAUCAGUGGUUUUCACUUGGCAGUUGAAUCGAAAUCCAUGUUGUACUUGGAACAUGUCGAACCCGGGGUGGACCCACCAGAAGCAGUGAGGUUGUUGGAAACGGAGUUGCUCGCCGGGUCAGAGCGAGACGAAUCAGACACGUACAACGAAAAUUCAUGGAGCAGUGAUGAAUUGGAUAUUGAAGAGGAAUCUCCAACUAUCUCACUCUCGGGAUCGGAUGAUAUUGCAUGUUUCAGUAGUGUGAAACACGAUGAAAUGGCAUCGCCGUCACAACCCAAUGUAAAAUCAUCCAGGGCUUCUUCACAAAUGGGUGACACUCAUAAAAAGGCGCCCAGUUUCACGUCAAUAGCUACUUCACCAAAGGACCCUGUAACGUUUUUGCCAUGUUUACCACAUUCGCUGAGGUCUUCGACCCGUGUAGAACAACAGAUCCAGAUGACAAACAUGUGUGCUGCGGAUUCAGUUCAUUGGAACCGCAUGGGCGCAAGAGCACAGUCAUCUGUCUCAUUAAGCGCAGCCUCCUCGAUAUUCAGUCCACCUUGGCACAAAAAAUCCACUUUUUUCGUAUCACCUGAGACUAACUCUAGCCAUUUUCCGAGCAGCACAUCGUGUUCUUGUCCUCGUUCUAUUGUUAGAGCAACAAAACUGAGGGCCUAUCCAACGGCGUUUUUGACAUUAGUUGCGCCAUGCCCAAUCUAUUAUCAGAUCCCCGUGGUGGUAGCUGUUCCUCGGUUUUUUAUAUAUUCGUCCACUUCUCCCCAAGCACUUGCAGCAGAUGCCCGGAGUGCAACGGAAAUUGUCAGUGUUUCUCCCCACAGGAACGUCAAUGAGCAAUACGAUGACACCUCUUGCUCUCCAGCAAUCUAUCUUGGUGUUUCUCCGUCAGAUACCAGACCAAGAAGUAGUUCGUCAUUACCAUCAUCGCUGGACAAAAGUUCUGUUCCUUCCUCUAAAACUUCAACGGUACCACAACUGGCUGGAUUAGAAAAAAGCUCUAGCAUGUACCGCCCGUACUCGCUUUCUGCGGAGACUUCGCCGGGUCUCAGUUACGGCCGGCCACUAUUCCUCAGUUCAGCCGUUGGUAAGUCAUCUGUUUCGAAGCGAACAAGCAUGGAUGACUUGCAUGCCCGUUUAAGUAAAACUCCAAAACAUUAUUCCUCACGUGACCUGGUGGUUUCGCCCACCGCCACACCAAUGCAUGGUGUCCAGGUCCGGGCCAAUCAGGAUGCGAAAACUUUUUUGAUUCGGCAUUCAGUCAGAGUGUCUCAGAAUACUCCGGUCCAAACUAAUGAAGAGCGUGAAAACUCAGCGACAUUUACUUUUUUGGAUUCUGUGCCUCCCAGUUAUUCUGCACCUUAUUAUUACGCAUAUGAAUCAUAUUCGUCAACAACAGAUGAUGUACCUUCACUGAAGACUGACUUUGCUUCUACUGACGGACCUAGAGAGGGGCGUGUCUCUCCAGCGACCUUUGAACAUGGUGUGGAGGAAAGUAUGUCAACAGUUGUGUGCCAGUGGUCCAGAGAUAUGCCACACAGCAUUCGUGCCUCGCUAACCUACACCCAGAGGGUUCACGAUCUGGUCACAGUAUUGCACCCAGAAGUGGACAGCCCUUUGCUUGAGCACCAGUUGUGUGAAUCAGGGUCUACCCUUGAAACUUCUGCUACAGAGUCAUUCUCAAAUUUGCCUGAAAAGCUGGCAUCAGACUUACAGAGAUCAGUCAAAGAUACUAUAGUUGUCUCAUCAUAUAUAUCCGAACAACCUGUUCAAAUAUCUGGAUCUGUUGAGUACCAUUGGCCUCUAAAAGAGACUGCGUUUUCGUCACGUGAGUAUCAACAUCUUGGUUCAACACGUCCAUCUGUUUUCUCUUCUUUUCGUUUACCUCUCUUGCAUCUUCCCACAAUCAGUUCAAAAUCUUGCACGCAGGAUAACUUUCCUGACCAAGACUCUUGGACCUCGGAACCGUUGGCCACUCAACUCGGAGAAACUCCAAUACGCCUUAACAGGUCUUCAUUGGCUACCGGGCCACCAUCAAAUAGUCCACAUGCAAUGGAGUCGAAAUCCACAGGUGUAAACUGGGACACCACUCAACUUGAAGGAACUCCAAUACGCCUUAACAGGUCUUCAUUGGCUACCGGGCCACCAUCAAAUAGUCCACAUGCAACGGAGUCGAAAUCCACAGGUGUAAACUGGGACACCACUCAACUUGAAGGAACUCCAAUACGCCUUAACAGGUCUUCAUUGGCUACCGGGCCACCAUCAAAUAGUCCACAUGCAAUGGAGUCGAAAUCCACAGGUGUAAACUGGGACACCACUCAACUUGAAGGAACACCAAUACGCCUUAACAGGUCUUCAUUGGCUACCGGGCCACCAUCAAAUAGUCCGCAUGCAAUGGAGUCGAAAUCCACUGGUGCAAGCUGGGACAGUCGUAGACAGUCAAGUUCUUCUCUGAAAGAGCUGCGGAAAGUUCAACUUUCUGAAGUUCGGGGACAUGAUUUGCCUUACAGAAUAUCGUCAUCAGGAAGCCUUUCAACGAAACCUUCUGUUAGCGACUAUUCCGAACAUCGCGAAGGGUCUCACGAAAAGUUGGUUCACCCAUUUGAGAAGGAGCUUCCUCUUUCUGGCGAUAGAAGAAGUUCGUGUUCCGUUCGCAGACGCACAACACACGAUUCGGAUGUUCGAAAGGACCUACGGCGUUGUCAGUGCUGCAGGUUGCAAUGUAAACGUUGCACAAGGAAACCAACUCAUUGUGAGUGUGUUUUGAAAAGGUCAUGUCACUGUCCUUCAAGAGACGUGUGCAGAAGACGAAGCUAUCUCGGCUGUCUUACAGAAUCCUGUCCACACACAAGGUCAAGGUGUAUUCUGGGUGCAUUCACGCCAAACUUCGGCUGUCUGUCUCUUGAGCGAACUCGAUUAAUCUCCGUUUCCAAUUAUACCAGAAACAUAGGUUUUAUCUGUUCAGCACCGUGCCUUGAUCAAGACUUUGGAUUUCAUGCAGUGCAGACACGAGAAACAGAACCUGUCUAUGUGCGUUGCCAAACAGUCAACAAGAUUCUUUGUACACAUGGUUGUGGGAGAACAAAUAUACCCCGGCACCACAUGUGCUACUUUGGGAAAUAA